AUGCGGCUCCGGGCGGCCGUGACCCUGCUGGAGUCCGGGGGGGACCUCCAGCCCCCCGGGGGGUCCCUGCGCCUCCUCUGCCGAGGGUCCGGCUUUGAUUUCGGCAGUUUUGGGAUGGGCUGGAUGCGCCAGAGACCCGGGCAGGCGCUGGAAUACCUCGCAGCCAUCGACAGCACUGGUGGUGUCACCGUGUACGCCUCAUCCGUCAGGGGCCGGGUCAGGAUCUGCAGGGACAACGGGCAGAGCUCGGUGACGCUGACCAUGAACAACCUCAAGCUCAAGGAUUCCGGAUCCUAUUUCUGCGGGAAGGGUUCUGGUGCUGGUUAUCCCAAUGCUUAUGAUAUUUGUUCCCCGCCCCCAUGCCCCCGGGCCGCCCUGGCCCGGCACAUCCCGGCCAUGGCCACCAACCCCCUCGCGGCGCUGGCCCUGCUGGCCCUGCUGGCCCUCCCGGGGCUCCGGGCGGCCGUGACCCUGCUGGAGUCCGGGGGGGACCUCCAGCCCCCCGGGGGGUCCCUGCGCCUCCUCUGCCGCGUUUUCGGGGCCGAUUCCGGCGAUUUCGGGGUCGUCUGGGUCCGGCAGCGGCGCGGGGGAGGGGCGCUGGAGAUGCUGGGGGAGGGGCGGUUCCGGGCGAGGGGGAGGGGCGGCGGCGGGGGGUGGGCGGCGCUGGAGGGGGAAGGGCUGGAGGAGGGGGAUUCCGGGGCGUAUUUCUGCGCCGCUCACGGCGGCGCCGGGCGGCGGGGAGGGGUGGCGGGAAACCCCGGGGGGGCGGGGCUGGGGUGGGUUGGGUUGGUUUUUGCUCGGGCCCGGCCCCGGCCCCGCCCACCGUGGGUCGCUAUUGACGCCUGGGGCAGCGGCACGACGGUCACGGUGUCCAGCGCCCGGGCCACGCCCCCCGCCCUCUUCCCAUUGGCCGCCUGCUCCGCCGGCUCCGCCCCCUCCCGCCCCAUUGGCUGCCUGGCUUCCGGCUUCGUCCCCGCCCCCGUGGCCUUCAGCUGGGACCCCGCCCCCUCGCCGGGCCCCGCCCCCAUCCCCCAGGUCUUCAGCCAAUCGGGGCUCUUCAAGGCCGGCAGCCGGCUCCUCGUUCCGGAAGGUUCCGGAAGCUCCGGGAGCUUCACCUGCACGGCCCGGCACGCGGCCACGGCGACCACCAAGAGCGUCCAGGUCAAAGUUGACGGCUUGAAGCCCCGCCCACCGGUCGUCUCCGUCUUCCAAUCCUGCGGCUCCUCCCACCUGGAGGUGGAGCUAAUCUGCCUCAUCACCGACCUGGCCCCGCCCACCGUCGCCGUGGAUUGGCUGAAGGACGGCGAGCCGAUGGCGGGGGGCCACGCCCACACGGAGGAGGCCACGCCCGGCCCCGCCCCCGGGACGUUCCGGGUGGUGUCGCGCCUCAACGUCUCCACGGCCGAUUGGUGGGACGGGGCGUUCUCCUGCCGGGCGACGCACGCCGCGUCCGGCGUCGUCAGCGAGGCCACGGCCGGGCGCUGCUCGGCCCCCAGCUCCACGCCCAUCUCCGUCUUCGCGCUGCCGCCGUCGCCCUCCGACCUCUUCAUCACGCAGACGCCGCGGCUGCUGUGCCUGGUCACCAGCCUGCCCAGCGACGAGGGGCUCUCGGUCACCUGGAGCCGCGUGGGCGGCGGCCAUCUUGGCCAGCCCCUCCCGCUGCGGCUGAGCCACCACUUCAACGGGACCUUCACGGCGGCCAGCGAGCUGCCGGUGGCCACCGGCGACUGGGAGGGCGGCGCCGCCUUCGUCUGCCGGGUGGGGCACGCCGAGCUGCCGGCGCCGCUGGAGAGGAGGGUGGAGAGGCGGCAAGGAAAACGCUUCCCGCCCUCGGUCUACGUCUUCCCCCCUCCCCCGGAAGAACUCUCCUCCUCCCGCCCCACCCUGAGCCUCACCUGCCUCGGCCGCGGCUUCUCCCUGGACUUCAUUGACCAAUUUCACCCCAAUUUCACCCCAAAAUUCCUCUACAAUUCCUCCAAAAUUUCUCCAAAAUUCACCCAAAUUUUCCCAAAAUUUUCCCCAUUUUUCCCAAUUUUUCCCAAUUUUUCCCCAAUUUUUGCCAAUUUUUUCCCAAUUUUUCCUCCGUUUUUCCUCCGAUUUUCCCCAAACUUUCUCCAAAUUUUCAUCAAAUUUUCCCAAUUUUUUUUUUGGUUUUUCGCAGGAAAACGCUUCCCGCCCUCGGUGUACGUCUUCCCCCCUCCCCCGGAAGAACUCUCCUCCUCCCGCCCCACCCUGAGCCUCACCUGCCUCGUCCGCGGCUUCUUCCCCGACUCCAUCGACGUCCAGUGGCACAAGAACCAGGAGAACCUCCAAAAAACCCAAAACCCCCAAAAUUUCGCGGUGGAGACGGGGCGGGCGCGGCGGGAGCUGGGGGGGGAGGGGCGCUUCUUCCUCUACAGCCGCCUGGAGGUGCCGCGGGAGGAGUGGGAGCGCGGCGCGGCCUUCGCCUGCGCCGUGGUGCACGAGGCGCUGCCCCUGCGCUUCCUGCAGCGCCCCGUGCCCAGAAACCCCGGUAAUUAAUGGAAUUAAUAAUUAUUAGCUCAUUAAAAGUUGGUUAUUAGUGAAAAUUUGGCUUUUUUUGGCGGAAAAAUGGGGUUUUUAUGGUCGGAAAUGGGAUUUUGGGGUCGAUUUUUGGGGUUGUGCCAUGGUUUGAUUCAUAAAACAGUGGUUAUUAGCCUUAAUUAGUCAUUAUUAGCCGUUAUUAGUUUAUUAAAGUUGGUUAUUAGUGAAAAUGGGGUGUUUCUUCAUAAAGUAAUGGGGUUUUUAGGGUCGGAAAUGGGAUUUUGGGAGCCGUUUUUGGGGCUAUGCCAUGGUUUAAUUCAUAAAACAGUGGUUCUUAGUCUUAAUUAGUCAUUAUUAGUGGUUAUCAGUUUAUUAAAAAUCGAUUAUUAGUGAAAAUUGGGUGUUUUUUGGAGAAAAAAUGGGGUUUUUAUGGUCGGAAAUGGGAUUUUCAGGGGUUAUUUUGGGGUUAUUCCAUGGUUUAAUUCAUAAAACUGUGGUUAUUAGUCUUAAUUAGUCAUUAUUAGUGGUUAUUAGUCUAUUAAAAGGUGGUUAUUAGUGAAAAUUUGGCUUUUUUAGGUGGAAAAAUGGGGUUUUUAGGGUCGGAAAUGGGAUUUUCAGGGGUUAUUUUGGGGUUAUUCCUUUAUUUGGUUCAUAAAACCACGGGAAUUAGGUUAAUUAGUCAUUAUUAGUGGUUAUUAGUCUAUUAAAAAUCGAUUAUUGGUGAAAAUUGGGUGUUUUUUGGCGAAAAAAUGGGGUUUUUAGGGUCGAAAAUGGGAUUUUGGGAGCCAUUUUUGGGGUUAUUCCAUGGUUCGGGUCAUGAAAGAUUGGUUAUUAGGCUAAUUAGUCAUUAUUAGUGGUUAUUAGUCUAUUAAAAAUCGAUUAUUAGUGAAAAUUUGGCUUUUUUGGUAAAAUAAUGGGGUUUUUAGGGUGGAAAAUGGGAUUUUCAGGGGUUAUUUUGGGGUUAUUCCAUGGUUUGGGUC